AUGUCUUCUUUCGCUUUCUUUCUGCUCUGCGUUCAAGCAUGCUUGAUCCAGAAUGUAUACAGUCAGUGUCUCGGAGCUGGACUUGGAUUGGGCUAUGGUCCAGGACUCACCGCUGAGUACGGAUUGGGAUGUGGAUCUGCUUUAGCUUCUGAAAUAGCUUACGGACCUGGAAUCGGUCUUGGAUACGGUCUCGCUGGGCCUGGCGCCCUUGGCUACCAAGCGGGUAUUGCUGGUCCAGCCUACGGUGGCACAGGCAUUGGUGACGUAGUGGUCGCUGGCGAUAUGGGUGUCGUUGGUAACACCUUAAUAGGUGGUCAGGUUCCGAUUCUGGGUGCUGUUAGAUUCUGUGGUGAAGUUCCAGCUGGUGGUAUUGUCUCCAUCACCGGAAGCUGUGGCGGAAAAUGUGGUUGCGGUUGCAACGGUGCUUACCUUGUAUUGAAGUGA